AUGGUGGAUUUACAAAAGGGAGAACAGUUUGGCCACAUGGACUUUGCCCUUGCAGGGGCUCUGGCAGGCCUCGAGGAACUGCAACAUAUUAUAUUCACCUACGACGUCGCCUGCAUCUACAAGAUCAACAUCCUCAAACGCUUUGGUGCGCAGUUUCCUCAACUCAUGCCCCUACUUGACCGGAUACAGAUGCUGCUACCGAAAAUGCACAUGCUUGCCCACAAAGAAGCGUGUCAGGUGCUGUAUGCGCUCUGCUACAUGUGGGGCACUGGACUUACGCACGGAGAGAGUGUCGAGCAUCCAUGGGCCGAGCACAACCAGGCUGGCCUCAGUACACGUGAGAUGGGAGCGGGACAUCGUCAUGAUGCUCUGAACGACAUCCACAAUUAUUGGAAUUGGCAAAAGGUGGAGAAUGUCGGAGCAUUUCUCGCACGCAAAGUCAACGAAGCAUUCAAAGGCCAAGAAGAGAAGACUCAACUGUACGAUGCAUUGACCGAAGUUGCUGGUGCGGAGAAAGUGUCAACGUGGCAGCAGAUGGAUGUUGACCCGAAGCAGAAGGGGAAGCGGGUGGAGAGUGUGUACUUACUAAACGAUGCUAAAGUGCCUACCGCUGGGCGUGCUUAUCAAGAGCUCGCGAAGAUGGAGAUCCAGCCGCGAGAUGGACAAAUGGAUCUUGCAGUGGGCAAGGCACCAUCAGGUGCUGCGCAGUUCCUGAAGACCGAGGCAGUUGGCACUGGAAUCUCACCUAGCAAAGCACAAGGAUGGCGACAACAUUUCCGUUAG